AUGGACGUGACGAGCUUCAAACGCAAGGUGUAUACCUUUCUGGAAAACGAAAGCGAGUACCUCUUGAAGAAGGACGACGGGGAGGAGAGCGAUGACGCGAGCGAAAUCAAAUAUUUCGAGGAGGUGAAAGGGACGGCGAAAAAAAACUCCAGCAACAUCUUCCGGCCGACGAAGUAUGAGCUGUGCCAAAGUUUCGAAAAAACGAAGGGAUUUCUGGGCAUAGAAAUGUCUAACAAAUAUGAAGUGUUUUGCUUUGCUUGUAAUUAUUAUUAUGAUGAGGAUUUUUUAGGCGAAAGGAAAAAGGAAGUAAGGGGCAAUGAAACGAUACUUGGGGAAUACUCAUUCAAAACGUAUGGUGAAAUAAAAAACGAAAUUGAAAUCCUAGCAUCAGCUUUAUACCAGUUUGAAACGAUAGAACCGAACACCUUUACAGAUAAUGGAGCAUAUGACAAAUUAAAAAUUUUAGGUAUUUGGUCCAAAAAUAGAGUAGAGUGGUUAACUACGGAUUAUGCUUGCUCAGCCAUCGACUUUGUCACCGUCCCUAUAUAUGACACCAUGGGCAUCAACUCGGUGAAAUACAUAUUUCAAAAAACGCAAAUGAAAAUUUGCUGCAUCGAAGCGGAGAAAUUGGAGUGCCUCAUCAAGUUGAAGGACGAGCUGGCUGACCUCCAAAUUUUAAUCAUUUACGACGAAUGGAGCUUACGAGACGACAUUAAGCAAAGAGCCAGUAAGGCCGGCUACAAGGUGUACUUUUACAAAGACCUAAUUGAUAAAUUUAAGAAUCAAAAUAUUAUCCCCCAGUGUGAGUUCUACGACCACGCCUUUCACAGUCAGGAGAAGGCGGGCAAGUCCGUCCCCAAGCGCGUCAGCGGGGGGAAAGGUCAACCGGGUGGCAAUAGUACAAGUGGGAACAACGCGCUGAUGCAGAAGCUGAAAAAGAAUAAAGGCAAAGUGACGGAUGUGUGCACCAUCAUUUUCACCUCCGGAUCGUCCGGCAUGCCCAAAGGCGCCAUGCUGACCCACAACACGUUCAUUACCUUUCUGCAGAGCUACAUCAUCGACGGAAAUAGACUGGGCUUGAUAAAGCAUGACGUGGUGCUUAGCUACCUCCCUCUAGCGCACGUGUACGAACGGCUAAUCGAAUUCGCCCUCUGCUUUUUUGGAGCCAAAAUAGGCUACUUCUCUGGAAACAUAAAAGAGUUGGUGAGUGACAUAAACGAGUUAAAACCAUCCUUCCUAAUCACCGUCCCGAGAAUUUUACAAAAGAUCCAUGACAAUGUUAUGGAAGGUUUGAAGAACAAAUCUUUUAUUGCCAGAACGUUGGUAAGGACGGCCCUGAAAAAUAAGAAAAGCAUAUAUUUAAAAAAUCCGAAGAAAUUUUCCCACCCAAUAUAUGACAUCAUUUUACAACCAGUGAGGAACCGAUUCGGAGGCCGCAUAAGGACGCAAGUCAUGGGUUCUGCAUCUAUGGAUAAAAAUAAACUAAUCGAUUUGCAAAUGCUCUUUUCAGCACCCAUUUCGGAAGGAUGGGGGAUGACAGAAGUGGGUGUAGGCUUCCUACAGCACAGAUAUGAUAGCACCAAAGGAACCAUCGGAGGAAUGUUCUCUAAUGUUUCUAUGAAAGUCGUUAAGGUAGAAAAUAUGAAAUAUGACCCAAAGGCUUAUCCAAAUAGAGGGGAGUUAUGCGUUAAGGGAAGUAGCCUCAUGGUGGGCUACUUCCGAGAUGAGCAGUUAACAAAAAAGUCAUUCGAUGAAGAUGGCUUCUUCUACACAGGAGAUGUCGUAGAAGUGAAUGAAAAUAAUGCCUACGUUCGAAUCAUAGACAGAGCAAAAAACAUAUUCAAAUUGGCACAAGGGGAGUACAUCGAGCCGGAAAAGCUAGAAAAUCUAUACACCAACAGCAUAUACAUUGAGAAUAUUUUUGUACAUGGGUAUAAUUAUGAAAAUGAGUUAGUGUCCAUCAUAGUCCCCAACGAGAUCUUCGUUCGUGAUUAUGCCAAGAAGAAUAACCUAAAUAUGCCUUUCGAAGAGCUGCUAAAGUGUGAUGCUAUUAAAAAGCUUUUUCAUAAUGAAAUAUUGGCCAUGUCCAAAACGUAUAAUUUGAAUGGCAUUGAGAAGAUCCACUUGUUUCACUUGACGCCCAUUCCGUUUUCCGUGGAGAAUAAGCAGCUCACCCCCACGCAUAAGGUCGUCAGGAACGCCAUCCUCGCGGAUUAUAAGCAGGUCAUCGACGAUUUGUACCAGUCGAGGAAGAAGUGAGUUCGUUUACUCGCGCCGUUGCGGUGUGAGGUGCGCCGUUGCGGUGUGAGGUGCGUCGUUGCGGUGUGAGGUGCGCCGUUAUGGUGUGAGAUGCGCCAUUAUGGUGCACGCUGCGUGGUUAGGGUUUACGCUGCCCCGUUAUCGCUACGCCAGCGCGCCACGCCCCAUUUUGUGGCCCCUGUUAACCUAUUUGAUGAGCGGCGAAAAAGAGAACACUUUCCCGCUGUGUGCCCGGAAGGGUUGAAUCGAUCCUUCCUCCCCUCUCGUCGUGCGUAUAUUUAGUGCACAAAUAAGCAGAGGGGAUGGAACCUCUCCCAGGGGGAGGGGAAAAAAAAGAACAACCAAUCGGACACACCUUAUCGAUGGGUUAGGCUGCACUUGA